AUGUACGAUGGAUCGACAAGCGUGCCUGCCACGGGUCCCGCGUGGCCUGAGCACAGCGCUGCAUACGCCGCAGGUAGUGAACAUGAAGAUUGGCAAUCUUGGUGGCCGAACAAAGCAUGGGAUCCAAAUGCUGGCGGUUCAUGGCAGGCAGAGGCGGAUUGGUACCUUUGGUCGAACAAUGGACAGAAUGCCGCGGAGCAGUUCGCAGAGAUUCACCCCGCGGACCAGGUCAAAAGGGAGGGAACGGAGGUCGUCGCACUCAGCCUUCUGAAGCAGCUUCAGCAAGAUGAGGAGGGAGGCAACGUCCAGGUGUCAUCGGCGGAUAAGGCUCUGGCCGGGCAGAUGGAGUCGGCGGUGGCCGCUUUUUUGGCAGGGGAAAACUUCGACGAGGAGGAAAGCGAGGAUGAGCAACUGGAAGCUGAAAGGAUAGAGCAGGAGGAGUUGGAGCUUACAGCUGGGACAGAUGGGAAGCUUUCAGCAGAAGCUCUGCCAUUUGUGCCGCUGCCAUUCGGCAACUUUGAUGCCUUCGGGCAGCCUUUGCCAGACAUUGCCGAGGAGGAUGAGACGUUGCACGUCCCCUGCGAGUACCUGCAAGCCACCCUAGAAGACGUGGGGCUGAGCAAUACGAUUCUUCGUGUUGCAAGUGAGAGUGAAGUGGAGAAGUUCAUUGACUACGUUGGCAUGCGAACAUUGCCGGCCUCACUGACGGAGUCAGAGGAGACGUUUGAUCUUUUCUACCAAGAGCUUCGAAGCACAUUGGCAAGUUGCUACCUCGAUCGCGUGUGUCCAACGCUGCAGGAGGUUGAGCGUCGAUUCAAGGCGCAUUUGCCACCUUCGAGCCCUUCUGAGCUGGAUGUGGCGUUGGUGCUUCCCAUGUUUGCGCGUAAGGUCCCGGACACGUAUCACAUCCUCCCAGCAGAUGGACGUGGGCGUCCCAUCAUGAUAUUCUUCUCAGAGGCGCCUUCUGGCUUCAAGGGUUUCCUUGAUGUGGAUUGCUCGCUGCCAGGCGAUGGGGACUUCUCACAAGAAUCUUGGGACCAGCUUGACAAGGCCCUGACGGAGUCCUUCCGGAUGUCCUGCGACUUUCGCAAUGCCGCCUUUGACGUGCGCUCGAAGGUGGAGCACUUCCAGGACUGGCCGCUAGCAGAGGUGGAACUGCUCCUCCACGCAGCGGUGGGAAACAACAAGCUGGCUGCUUGGGAGGACUAUCUGAGACCGGCCAAGCACGUUGAGUCACUGAUCUCGGAGCGGGAUGCCAAGCAGUUCGCAGGAACACUGGGUCGGAGAAAGAAGCUGGACAGCUGGACUCACCCGCAAAGGGGACCUCAUGGCUACCCCAAGUCCAGGGAAUGGGAGUACCACCACUACGGGCAGGACAAGGACAGCCUGCACAUGGCUCAGCCGGGACACCCUGACCGAGAUCAGCAUUGGCCCUCCUUGGGUCCCGUCGUCAGGUCACAGCCCAACCAGGAGAGAAGGCAGCUCAAUCUGGCUCAGCAGCUUUAUGGAUUUCAGAAUGACAAUGCACCCGUCAGAGCGGAAAGCGUGCGCAGAGCGGAAAGCGUGCGCAGCAAUCGCAGCAGCAGCAGCAACGAAUCAAAGUACCGGUAUCCAGCACCACCGGUUGAAAUUCCAGAGGAGGCACGCCUACAAGUGGAGACGCUUGUGACAGCCUGUCCCGACGGCCUUCGUUACACCCAGCUCAAGCAGGUUCUCGAAGCCUUUGGCAAAGCAGGCCCGAGCCACGAGAAGCUUGGCAAAGUGGAGGUGCUGUUAUCAAUUGUCCUAGGUCUGUCUCUCUUUCCCUUUUCUUGGGUCUGGCAAGGCUGGUUUGGUCCUAUAGAGCAGCUCGUGAAGGCUUCAUCACCUCCGGUUAGCGUGCUUCUCAUGGGCGAUGACGACAUGGCCCCGUCGACUUUUCAGCUUCCUUCCGAAGUGUUGGUGGUGCUCACUCACACGCGCAUCCAUUUCAAGCUUUGCUGCGAGUUAGAUCUCAAAGCAGUCUCUUGCAAGCUGCGCAACGCUGAGUAUAACCCGCGCAAAGACACGAAAAGGCUGUUUCUUAGGCUCUUCCGUCCGGCCGCUUCUGCUCACGUAUGGAGCACGGGAGCUGUAAACUGCUCUGUUAAGGGCACAGAGGAGGAUGCCAAGCAAGCUGCGAGGCGACUAACUCGCAUGAUCCAGAAAUGUGGCUAUCCCGCACGCUGUGAGAAGUUUCGCCUGAUGGGCCAAGCCGUUGUGGCAGAGCUUUGCUUUCCCGUUCGCUUGGAGGCGUUGGCCCAGAAGUGGCACCGCCAUGUCCUCUACGAGCCAGAGGUUUGUGCUCAUGCGCAGUUUUACCUGGAGCGCCCUCGCUGCUGUGUAUCAGUGGCCUGUAGUGGUAAGGUUAGUGUGUUUGAUGCUGCAACCUUUGAGGAUGGCAGAGAGGCGAUUCGGAAGGUCUACUCUGUUUUCCGAGAGUUCUCACAUUGA